UUUAUAAUUCUAACAAAUAUUUGGGUAUUCUUGAUUUUGUUUGCACGCAGGACGGAGGAUGAAGACACUACUUUAACAAUUAUAUCAAAUCUUGCAAUGGCUGACACAUUCACUGGAUUUAUGGUUGUAUAUGAUACUGUAUAUAACAUCUUGCAGUUUAAAAUAUACGUUGAGUGUAUUCUUAGAAUCGGAAUGUUCAUCUUUUGCAACCUAGCAUCGGUUUUUAUCAUAAUGCUGCUAACAUCUGAAAGAUUAAUAAAAAUUAGCAAUUCAUACACUUACCGGAAGUACAUCACGAUUAAGCGCACGAAAGUCAGCCUCGUUGUGGUGUGGACUAUGUCGCUAGCAGUUGGUCUGCUUCCUUUUUUCGGAUGGAGCUCUAUGAAUGUCCUUCAUUUAUGUAGCUUUUUUAAAACAAUGUCUGAAUCGUUUAUAUUAUUUAUUCUGAUGCUCCACAUUGCCCCAUUUCUUUGCACUAUCUGUGCAUACAUUCGAAUGGCGGUCGUGGUUCAUCGUCAUGCUGCCGCCAUCAAGCAAAUACGGAGAGCAGGGAGGCCACGGAGCAGAAGCAGGUCAGGCCUGCGAGCUGCCAUGAUCACCCUCAUUAUUGUUGGCGUGUACUUCCUGUGUUGGGCACCGAUUGGUUUGUUUACAAUAUUGGUGAUAUUUUUGAAGACUGAUAUAAACCUAUCAGGGAAGUGGUCAGAAGAGGUUGUGUUUACGUACUUUUUCGUUUUGAGUAUUGCCAAUAGUGCUUUUAAUCCCCUGAUUUAUGCCUCUAAGCUGGAUAUUGUCAGAAAGAAAUUUCGGGUCUCUUUAGUGUACAGAUUUCUUAGACCUUGUCACCAGACUCCCAGGCGUUAA